AAUUGUUUUAAAAUUUAUACUUUCAGGAAUAAAAUGGGAAGAAAUAAAGAACAUUUGUUUCAUUAUUUCAGUGUACUUUAAUAGCUUUAAUGUGAUUUAAUAAAAAAUUAUUUCAAUAAGCAAAAUAAAGAAUAAAGGAGCAGAAAAGAACCGAGCCUGAAGCCUUGCCUUGGUGCGCAUCCACCCCAAAACCCAGUUGGAAAGCGGAUGAAAGCACUGCUCUCACCGUGCUCGCCGGCAUAAUUUUCCGAAAUGGAGGAGGAAGAAGAAGACGAUGCGGAGAAUAUUCUUGUUUCUCAAAAGAAAAUCUUCUGUCACUGGAACAGGUGUCCGUUUAUUGAUGGAAUAACUCUAGAAGGCAAAGUUGUUGUCGGUUGCACAAUGAUACAUUUGUGGUUCUUGGGUGAAAUUUCAGCAAACUCGUGGCUUCAUCUUCCGCUUUCUCAAAACACUUCUCAAAUUUUCACUUGUCAAUUAGACUUCACAGAGCAGAUCCAUCCUGGAGGAUGAGCACUAAAAUUACAUGCAGUAGCUCCUCUUGGAGUAAAGAGCAGGACAAGGCAUUUGAGAUUGGCGUGGCGGUCUAUCCCGAGGAUUCUGUUGAUCGAUGGGGGAAGAUUGCAGCAAUGGUCCCUGGGAAAACAGUUUCGGAGAUCAAACACCAUUAUUCUAUUUUAGAAAAAGAUAUCAAUGCCAUUGAUUCGGGUUAUGUCCCUUUGCCUCACCAUGUCUCUUCCUUUGAGGAUUCAGCACAUCAUUCAGGCAAUUCUGGUGUUCUUAGUCUUUUGGGCAAUUCUGAUGUUGUUAAUCAUUCAAACAAUUCUGAUGUUGUCAAAGUGGGGAGCCAAGGUAGACAAAUGCAAAUUAAUUUCAGUGAUGGAGGGAAAUUGUUGCAAUCAAAUUGGGACCAGAACAAGGCAAAACCUUGGACCGAAGAGGAACACUGGUUAUUUCUUCAGGGAUUGGAGAAACAUGGAAGAGGCGAUUGGAAAAGCAUAUCCCAACACUUUGUGAUAUCCAGAACACCUAAACAGGUGGCCAGCCAUGCACAGAAAUAUUUCAUGCGCCAAAUUUCGUUAAACAAAGAAUCAAGGAAUGCAAGCAUCCGUGACAAAACCAAUACUGAUGGAGGAGAGACAUCAACUCCAAGAAAAUCAAUCACAGGGGGAUCCAGCAUAAGUUCUGAGAAGGAAGCUUCCUCUGAUGACAUUAGUGCACUCGGUCCUCCUACUAUUGACCAGUCCCAUGGGACUGAGGCCCAGCUCCUUCCAGCAAUUGAGCCUCCAUCAAAGCUUCCUUCCCCAGAAAAGCAGCUUUCUGAUUGCCCUUCCUCUGGUGAUGUUAGCACAUUUGUUCCUCCUACUACUGUCCAGUGUGUUGACAGUGACACUGAGCUCUUUCUAGCAGCUGACUUUCCAUUAGAGCCUCCAUGCCCAGAAGUGCAACUUUCUGAUUGUCCUCCCCCUGGGGAGUUCAUUUAUGAUACCAGAGUGCCAAUCUUCAAAUCCAUCAUAAUUGAGGAGGCUUCCUCUGAUGACAUUAGGACAUUUGCUCCUCCUCCUAUUGUCGAGUCCAUUGACAAUCAGCUCCUUCCAGUAGUUCACUCCUCAUUGAAGCUUCCAUCCCCAGAAGGGCAGGUUUCUGAUUGCCCUUCCCCUGUAGAGCUCAUUUAUGAUCCCAGAGUGCCAGUUCUCGAAUCCAUCAUAAGUGGGAAGGAAGCUUUCUCUGAUGAUAUUAGCACAUUUGUUCCUUCUAUUGUUGUUGAGUCUGUUGCCACCAGGCUCCUUCCAGCAGUCAACCCUCCUCCAUUGAAGCUUCCUUGCACCGAAGAGCGACUUCCUGAUUGCCCUUCCCCUGUGGAGUUCAUUUAUGAUACCAGAGCGCCAAUUCCCGAAUCAUCACUGUUACCUGGUGCCCUUGCAAACUUGGAUUCAGCACCUUAUCUGUGGUAUCUGGGCUGGAACUGAUAGACUUGUGCUGCUUUCAUCUCGAGCAGGUUCAUCGGCACAUCAGUGUUUUGUCCUUGUAAUAUGCUUGUAGUUCUUGAAAUGCAGUUACUACCUCUCGUGGACAGCCUUGUGAGAGUAGCUAGGGUAAUUUCUAUAGUAAACCUGGCACCCCUUCUGAACCGCUUUCAAACGAUGAACUUUGUUAAUGCUUUCUACCUGUAGUUCCAUCAUAUUGCAGAGCCUGUGCCUUAAUUCGGAGGUUUCAUAUUUUCGCUGGUUUCACAGCUUAAAUGAGUUUUUGAGUAUGUGUUAAACAAGGCAUGUUUCUUUGUUAUUUU